AUGAAGUCCUCUGAAGAGAGGAUACAAUUCAAAAGGGAUUUUUUAAGCUUGGGACAAGGAAGAAUAAUUUCCAGGCAGGAUGUCAAAUUUUGGUCCCGAUUUUGGAAGCUACCCACCAAAAGUCAAGAUAUAUUUGAGCUCCUUUCAUUGGAGGAUGUGAGGAGUAUACGGCGCCAGAAUGUGGUCAACUAUAUCACAUUUGUGCAAGUUUUGAGCUUAAAGGUUGUUGAAAUAGCAGGCUUUGAGAGUUUGACCGAUAACGACAUAUCACUGCUUCUCAAUUGCAUACGGUUUUUGGCCAAACUUUUACCUCCUUUGCUUGAGCAGGAUGAUUAUUUUGUUGGCGUUUGUUAUGAGACAUUCUGGAAUACCGAGUUUAGUGCCGAGGAAUACCUUCGGUCGAAAGAGGUGGAGUUACUGGAUUCUGAAGAGGAUGUCAAGCGGGGUAUACUGUUUGAUGCACUCGGUGGUACUAUAGGGAUGAAAUUGCUCAUGGCGCUGGUCGACUUGUUGUUUACGAAGGGGUUUACAAUAAACACAAAGGAUAAAGGUGGUGUGAGUUGGAGCGUUUGGGAACCAGGUUUGGGGUUUGCGGGCAAGGCGAGAUCACCCAAUUUAAUAAUCGACAUCAACCGAGUGGAAGUGUUGAAGCUAAUUAUAACGUUAUGCUCUGAUGGAUUUUACUGCUCGUCGUCUGCGAUUGUGUCCACAGAGUCUAUUUUUCUCACAAUAUUGGUGUCAAUGACGCCUAAAGUCAAGCUCUUGACAAUGGUGUCAUCCCUACUCAAUCUUACAUGUAGAGCGUCGCAAGACAAUGAUGUGAGUAUGCUAUAUUACGAGAAUAUCAACUACACAGAGACUAGAUUCUUGAGCGUGGCGUAUGCAUUUUCUUUGUUGACAAUGAUGAUCGUGUAUCCAAUCCCUAGCCAGCCAGGAAUAACAGGGUGCAAACUAAAUAAUAUGACCAGAAGAUAUUUGGGUAAAGUGCAUAAAGAGCAGGAACUUGUGUUUAUUGUCAAUUCGUUGAUGAAUGUUUUACGGUUACCUUUUGUAAAGAGCGCCGGAGGUGGUGGCUCUUUCGGCUUUGGCAAGAGUAACCCACCAUCGUUAUGGGCCACGGAAACGGUAAUCUUCAUUUGGGAAAUGAUUCAGUGUAACAAGCACUUCAAGGAGAUUGUUGCCAACAAGUAUGCGCCAGAGCUAAUGGUGCUUUUGUUGUAUUACAGUUUUGAGCAUAUAUCAAAUGACAGUAAAAGGAACUUGGUACGUGUUUGCGCUUACCUAUCCCUAUAUCUUUCAUCCAAGCUGGAGAUUCUAGAGACGUUGUUUUACCCGAUGCCACUGCUGUUGUACGAUUCACUUCCACAGAGUUUCAAGUCCUCAAUUGCGCCCUUAACUACAAGGGAUUUUUUGGUUAGUCAACUUUGUGCAUUGUUGUUGAAUGCAUACCCAAUACAGCCACCCACGUACACUUUCAAACCCUUGCCGAAGCUAUUGUUGAAUUCGUUGGUUGAGACGUUGUACAAUUUGAUCAUUCCUGUAUCAAACCACGAAUUGAAAGUGCGAAGCAAUCCAGAUAAACGAUUGAAUAAUCCAAAUGCUCGUGGCGGUUUGUCGUACCAGGCAUCAUCUUUGGUGACCCAGCUCAUAUCCCGAUUUUCAACCAAGAGCUUCCUCCUUGAAAAAUCUCACCAUUUGAAUGUGGUAGCUUUGUUGGUGAGAGCUGUAUCGAUGGCGGUUGUUAAAUACCCACACCCUUCAAGAAUGUUAUUGUUUUGUGUUUUGAAGAACGAGCGGGUAUAUGAAAACUUGUGGAGUACCAUUUUCAAUAUCCAGGAGUACACAGUACGAGGUGACGUGAUAUCAAAGAUUGAAGAAAAUGGCAUUCAUCCAGCGACGUCAUACAAUGCAAAUGGAGAUACAAUCGCUCGACUGAGCCCUAUACCCAUUACCCCACGCAAAACCGAGGAAUCUUUGUCACUUUCGGAAAAUGAGAGCGUCGAGUCUUCUUUACGACCGCGGUUACCGCCAGGUAUGUCUGAAAAAGCAAAGGAUAAACAGCGGAGGGAUAGUCCUAUUGGCCAGGUAUGGCCAGGUAGAGAUGCCUUGGCAAUUAUCAUAACCAUUGUAAUUCCGCACUUGAAGCGUAUUUUGAGCACUUUAUGGUCUGGCACCAAGGGUGCUAGUGUGGAUAGUUUUGAACUUGUCGAGAAAAUUGGAAGUUAUGAUUUUUCAAUAAUGAUUGAGGAAAACAGGAAACAAUUCAAGUAUGAGGUACUCUCAGAGACGCCAUUGGAACAGCUAGAAUUUGAGUGGAGCUUGCUUUCGUUAGGCUGGUACCUUUCCUUACUAUACAGUGAAGUAUACAACACCUCAUCCAAGGUCAAAGCAUACAUCGGGAGUAACAACGGCAUGAUAAAGCAUUUCUCCGCUUCCUUAAACACAGUUAGCAAGAUCACUUCCAACUGGACAACUUUUUUCAAGCAAGAGCAAACAGCAAGACAACUGGAUGAUGAGUUUACUUCCCAAUGGGUUGAGAAUGGAUUGACGAAUGUCAAUGCGUGGCAGGGCACAGAUAUCAAGCUCUUUGAUGUUGUGUCAGCAUCGAAUGGAGGACUCUUUGCCAAUCUUAACAAACUAGGGGGCGGAUCAACGCAAGCAGUACCAAACACGCCCGGUAGCCUAAAUGACAUGAUGAGGAGAUUUAGUGAUUUCAAUAUAAGUGGAGUUCAUAGCUCGCCCGUGUCGUCAGUGUUGAGCACCCCUGUUGAAGAGCAAGAGUCGUAUUUUACACGAAGAGCCGGUAGGAACUCGGUCACAAGUUUGCAUUCGUUGAAUAAGUUGAAUAGAAUGCGGAGUAAUACUCCGCGUAACUCGUUUAGUUAA